AUGAUUGACAUUCUCAAUAUCAACGAAGAGCCAAUCUUCGACGAGCGCAUCGUCAAGAUUGAGACUCACUCGUACAAUCCGUUUGCCAACACUACAUUCGGGCACAGCGAUGAGAUAAGAACACCAAUACAACAACAGGAUCUCUAUACGUUGCCGCAUGAAAGUUUUCUGUACAUCGAGGGAAAACUAACUACUGCCAAUCAAAUCGAAGGAUCUGAUGUAGUACUGGGAAAUAAUUGUGUCGCGUUCAUGUUCGACGAGAUCCGAUAUGAACUUGAUGGUGUGGAGAUUGAUCGCGCCAGAAAUGUUGGAAUAACCAGCACGCUCAAGACCUAUGUCUCGUCAUCGUUCGAUAAAAUGAUGUCUCUGAAGAAUGCCGGCUGGGAUGUGGUGAACAAUGGAACCGGAGACUUUAAUUUUUGUGUGCCGCUCAGCAUGCUAUUGGGAUUCUGUGAAGAUUAUCAACGCGUGGUGAUUAACGCCCGUCACGAAUUGAUUUUAAUACGAUCACGCAAUGAUAACAACUGUCUCUUUAGAAAUGCAGCGAUGGAGCCUAAACUUGUAAUAUUCAAGAUACAGUGGCGCAUGCCGCAUGUGUUGUUUAACGAGGUGAACAAACUGUCGAUGCUGCGUGCUUUGGAAAGCGGACAAUACCUCAAUAUGGGAUUUCGUUCAUGGGAUCUGUACGAGUAUCCUCUAUUGCAACAGACGACUAAACAUUCAUGGGCUAUUAAAACGGCUACUCAGCUCGAGAAGCCGCGGUAUCUUAUCUUUGCUCUGCAAACAGGUCGGAAGAAUGUCAUGUCACAGAAUGUGAGCCAAUUCAGUCACUGCAAAUUAAGCAACGUGAAACUCUAUCUGAAUUCGGAAUGUUAUCCAUACGAUGAUAUGAAUCUGGAUUUCGAUAAAAACAAAUGGUCGAGUCAGUAUGAUGCGUAUUCGCGGUUCCGGAAGAGCUAUUUCGGAAACGAGGUUCUUAUGCCUGGUCUCACUACCAACAAUUUUCUCGAACAAGGACCGUUUGUCAUUAUCGAUUGCUCCCGACAAAACGAGUCAGUCAAGAGCGCGACUGUGGACGUGAGAUUGGAAUUUGAGUCUAAGGAGAAUGUGCCAGUGAAUACCACUGCGUACUGUCUCAUCAUACAUGAUCGUGUGGUUCAGUACAAUCCGCUGACCAGCGUCGUGCGCAAAAUUCCCUAA